GCGGGGGCCGGCGUCCCCGGGAGGGUCCGAGCCCUCGGGACCACGCCCCCGACCCCGCGCGCCUCUCCCCCUCGGGCUCUAUUUUGUUUUUAAUUUCAAAAUCCUCCUCUUCCUUUCCUUUCCUCACCCUUCCCUUCCCUUUCCUCUCUCUUCCCCUUUCGGCUUCUCCGCGGAUAAAAUCAGACCCCAGGCCUGGCGUCGUGGGUGCCGAGCUGACGGCAGGCUGGGCGCUCUCCCCUACUUCAAAGGUAAACAUUGAAGAGUUCUGGUGUGGCCAAAAGGAUAAAAGGAAAGCCCAGGCAAGGUAGCAACGUGAAAUAGCCUUGGGGAGCUGGAUCGCCCUGGAUUCAUUGGAAUUCUUCAAAAUGUCAGUUCCCACAGCACCUGAGCAACCUGCAGAUGAAGUGGAGAAUCAAAUAAAACCACCUGAUCCAAGGCCCGGUACCCCUCCUGAGUACAGUUCCCAUUUUAUACCGGGGCCUCCUGGACCAGCCCUCCCUCCACCUGUAGGCUACCCAGGAGGCUUGCCUGUGGGAUACUACGGUCCACAGCAGCCUGGUACCUUCCCCUUGUACCUGCCAAGUAGUGGUACCCAUCCUAUCCAGUACCAGCCUGGAAAAUAUCCUGUGCCACAAUCUUCUGCUCCAGUAGCAUGGAUGCCAGUGCCAACUCCCAUGCCAAACUGUCCUCCAGGUCUAGAGUACUUAGCCCAGUUGGACAACAUACACGUUCUUCAGCACUUUGAACCCCUGGAAAUGAUAACACAUUUUGAAACUAAUAACAGAUAUGAUAUUAAAAACAACCUGGGCCAGAUGGUUUACUUUGUGGCUGAAGACACAGAUGACUACACCAGGAAUGCUUAUCGGACACUGAGGCCCUUCGUGCUGCGGGUCACUGACUGCCUGGGCCAAGAGAUCAUGACACUGCAGAGACCUUUCAGAUGCACCUGCUGCUGCUUCUGUUGUCCCUCCGCCAGGCAAGAGCUGGAGGUGCAGUGUCCUCCUGGCGUCACCAUUGGCUUUGUUGCCGAACACUGGAACCUGUGCAGGGCAGUUUACAGCAUCCAGAACGAGAAGAAAGAAGAUAUGAUGGGAGUGCGUGGACCGUGCUCAACCUAUGGCUGUGGUUCUGAUUCUGUUUUUGAGGUCAAAUCCCUCGACGGUGUAUCCAGUAUCGGCAGUAUUACUAGGAAGUGGAAUGGUAUGUUAUCAACCAUGAGUGAUGCUGACCACUUUGAAAUUCACUUCCCAUUAGACCUGGAUGUGAAGAUGAAAGCCAUGAUUUUUGGAGCUUGCUUCCUUAUUGACUUCAUGUAUUUUGAAAGCUCUCCACCACAGCGUUCAUCCCCUCAUCAUGAUUGAUGGACACCGCAAAUCAGCAAUUAUGAUUAAUUAAAAAAAUUUGGAAAAGUUGAUUGGGUUUACAGUCAGCCCUCAAUUAUUUGCAAAUAUAUUUAUCGGCUUUUGCAGAUUAUUGUUAUUGGGUGUAGCUUUGUUUGACAGGCAGGCUGAGAGCGUAAGUUUAAGAACACAAUCCAAAUAUGUGUUUUGAUUGAGUAUCUCCCUGUCUCCUUGGUAGACUUGGAGUUUACCCUGAAAAAGCUAUGACUCAGUAACCAAGUAAACAUCUGUGCAGUGAGCUUGAAACACUUCAGCAUGAACCAAGGGCAAGUGAAUCCCAAAGCGCUCACGCUGACUCAUAGUGAAAUGACAGGCUUUCGACAGCAGUCUUUGUUGAGAUAGAGAAAUACAGCUUCUGUCUCUAACCCUCCCCUCUCCAUCAUCAUGUCCAGUUACUGUGGACAAAUUGGAUUCCAGGUUGGAAGAACGAUACACUUCAUUGUUAAAAAUGAAAAGAAAGUAUUAUGUUUUAUUGCACAAGGAAAAUUUUACUUGUGCGUGUGUGCUAAAACCUCAUUAUGCAAAGUUCAUAAAAGUUUCAAUGGAAAAUUUUAUUUUACUACGUGAUAAAACGUGUUUUUUAUAUCGUAAGGUUAUAUUUUCCUUGCCUGUUCCCUCACUUACUGGCACGGACAAUCUGGAGCUGCCUCUAUUUGAAAGUAAGGUUAGACUGUCAGGAAAAGAGGUGACCAGUGCAUAACCCAUCUAGAUCUCUGAGCAGUUUAGACACAUCAGUGUCCUUAGGAGCUUGCCUUUAAUGUGUCUAACCUCUCUUGGUCAUAGAUGCCUUAUGUAUAAAAUAUGUUUGGCCAAAUCACUGAGAUUGCCUACUGAACCUUAGUUAUCUAUUUAAUGGGGCACAGAGGAGAUGAUUGUUGGGUUGUUUUUUUUUUCUUACAAGAAGAUUCCUGAUGAUUACCAUGCUGUUCUGAUUGCAAGAGUUGUUGUUUCAUUCUUAAAUUUUGAAAUGUGACAUUCUGUUACCCUGUAAAAUUGUGUAAAAGCAAAACUACAAACACAGAUGUGGCUUAGUAUGGCUUUGCGUUUUUUACUUAAAUGAUAGACAAAUCUGUAUCCAUGCCAAGAGAAUGAUAAAACACAGCAAACAUGCUACCUAUCUGGGAUCUGCUAGCUUAUCAGUAAAGAUAAUUUGGAUCAACAUAGGUAAAGUAUAAAUUGGACUUGUCUGUGUUAACUGGUUCAAAGCACAGAGUAUUUUAGUGCAUACACUCUGAUAAAUCAGCUUGCCUCUACUGCACUUCCGCUUUUUAUCUGGAUAUGAACUGUGUUCUUUCAACACAGCCAGUACGUAGAAUGGAAUGUAUCCUUCUGCUGCUCCUUAUUAAAUAAAGCAAGUGUUAUUAGGUAUAAGGUAAAGGCCUUCACCCUCAGUUCUUAUUGAAGUGAAAGGUGCCUCAUUUUUAAAUUACAUUCAUCUUUUCAUGGUAAAUGUUGUUUUACUCAGUUUCUUGUAAUGUUCAUUUUUAUGUGCCACUACUAGCUUUUUUUAAAAAAUGGUAAAAGCUGCUGCUUUCUGAAAUAAUAAUUACCCUACAUUUGAAAAGGCAAUUGUAGCCUUAAAUGGACAGCUAUAUUGUUUCUUAUAAUGAAGUCUGACAUUUUAUAUAGGAAAUCAGACAAUAGUAUUCAGAAAGUUUAUCUAUAUAAACGUUACAUUUUAUCUUGCCUACAUCCCUCCAUUCUAAUGCCAAAUGCAUACUACUAAGAAAAAAUUAUUUUUAGCAUAUGACAUUUUAAAUUUCUGUUCAAAGUUUUUGUGGUAUUAACAUGUCUUUUGCAGUUACAGUUUCUUUAAAAAUACCAUGUUUCUUAUAUUUUUAUAUUUACAGCACAUAUUGUUUUUAUAUUUCUUAACAUUUCAUCCUUUAGAAGUGAUCAGAUUGAUUAAAAAAACAAGCAUUCUCUGAAACCUGUAUGUUUUCUUGCUUCAUCAUACUG